UGAUACUUCUAGUACCUAUGGAGUAUUUUGGCAAUGUGCUUAUUUUGGCAGGACACGUACUAAAAUACUAUUGUAUAAGUACAUUUAUUGUAAAUGUUGCUUCACAGAUAUAAUGUUUUACUUCAGGUAGAAAGCAGAGACAUUUCAAGCAUGGAAUUAUGUAGCAACCAACCCUCACCAAGCUCCAGUGCCAAGGCAGGAAGAAAACCAUGCUUCACCAGAAUGGAAGAAGUUACUCUCGUGGAAGAGUACAACAAAAGAAGGGACCUGCUUGAGGGAAAAGUCUUCUCAAAGAUAACCCUAAGUCGUAAACGUGAAUUAUGGGGAGAGAUUGCCUGUAUUUUAAAUAGCAUGAACCCUUCCAUCAAGAGGAGCACUGAGGAAGUCAGAAAGAAAUAUAAAAACAUUGUUCAAAGUGCCAAAAGGAAGAGGAAUGCUUCGUGUAGACACCAAACUGAGGGAGGACCAACAAUUCCUCUGUCUGUUGCAGAGGAUCAGAUCAUAAGAGAUAUGGAAGGAAGGCUUUCAAGGCCUUCAUCUUCAGUUGAAACUGGGCUAUACUUUGUGAUGCAAGAAAAUCUGGCAUCAGAAGAAGGUAGUGUACCCCCGGAUGAAAUGCUUACAGAUGAAAAUACAGGAAAAAAUGAAAGUAACAAAAGUGUAACUGCCAGGUCAAUCCAAAUCCACAAAAAGACAAAUUUACGAAAUUUAUAAACAAUACCUUGAAGAAAGCACAAAAUUAAUGGUAUUAAAGCAAAAAAAGCUGCAACUAGAAAUUGAAAUCUUAGAGAAUGAAAGACCAAGUAAACCCAAUUGAGUAUACUGGGUAGAUCUACCUGUAACACUAUAGCCGUGGAAUGGAAUGUACAUGUAGACCAAGAACAACAGGACAAAAGGUGCAUGGUGCAAUCAAACCUGUUAAAAAACUUGAUAACUUCAUGAAGUGCCCUUUCCCAGUGGGAAUGGUAUUUAAAAUCACCACAAGAGGGACACUGCCGGGCUUAACUGCCAGUGAUUUCAAAUAUGUCACGUGAUCUGGCUGACCAAUACCCAAGUCUUCUGCAGGGUACUAAGUAUGGACAUUGCGUUAGGGCUCUCAUGCCAGUUUGCUUUUAAUCGGCUUAAAGCAUAAGGAUCAAAGAUUUUUCCACCCUCCUGUCCCUCAUAUGGGCGGUAGGCGCCUCUUACAAUGGCAUUAUACGAUUUGAUGUUCACUUACUGCCUGCAGUAUCAGGAAUUUUGAAUAGCAGCUCUUAGUAAUAUUGCUAC